GGGGUGAUAUAAAACCUCCCGAGCACAAACCAUGCUUUAACCUGCCAGUGUGUCCUGCGCAGAACAUAUUCAGUCACAGGAAACCCCUAAGCUCUCCAGCAGCACUCUAACAUACGCUGUCUUCUCUCACACACUCACGCACUGCAGCGUGCUCACAAAGAGGAUGGCCAUGAGGAGAAUGAAUGAAAUGUGCAGAAGGAUGGCUCUAACUUUAGUCUUCUAUGUUCUGCUGUUUCACACUUACCAGGGGAAGACUGAGACUACAGUGGCAAAUCAAGCAAAUACAGUCACACAGCUUAUCAGCACGCAGACGUUCCCCAGAGAACCUGAUCCAAGUGAUCCAAGUACCACAAACUCCACAAAUAAACCCACGGAAGGACCAACCACUGAGGUUUUUCAAGGUACUUCUCAAGGUACAACCAAGGAUACACUCCUAAAACUCACAGAACUGCAGACAGACAUACACCCCCUACAUACACAAAUUUCUGAAAUCCUAUCUACUUCUGAGGAAACCACAUCACAACUCAUGGCAACAAACGGUGACGACCAUCCUAAAAGCAGCGAAAACAACAACAACAACACAGAGAAUAACGGUCCAAAUGAAACGAGUGUAAUAAGUGUGAAGCACCAAUCUCCCAACUACGUGAAUCCAACACCUCACACACAGGAGGGAGAUAGGAGGAGUUUGCCAAUAUUCACGUCCCUAUUGGUGAGCGGGAUAAUCCUUGCUGCUGUCCUGGUUGGAGUAUAUAUAUGGAAGAACCACUGUCGCACAAAUGCCAAUAGCAUGAAACUAGCAGAGGAGUCAUACAUGGCUGAUGAAGAUAACCAGGGCAACACUCUAGUGUCUGUGGCUCCUCUGAACCCACUUGAGAGCCAGGAGAAGCCAAGCCAGAAUGGCGAGUCUCUAGAGGCAGUGAAGACCCAAAAUCCUCCUGCUGCCACCAAUGGUCACUCUACCACCAAAGCUGACACUGAGCUGUGAGAGUCCGUCUCACCUACACAUGCUCUGGGUCAAAGUUCACCAACCCAGACCUACAAACAACACUAGGGAACUGACAAAACAAAUGCACAGGCUCCCUUUUUUCUCUCCAUCUUUAUCUCACUCGAAUUAAUACCUGGCUUCUAAGAUGAUAAUGACCAGGGGGUGGGUUUCCCAAAAUGUUUGUAAUGGUAAAUACUUUGUUAUCUUAUUCAUAAGGAUGCUCUUUAAUUAACAAGCAUUUACUGAAAUGCUUUAUUAACGUAGUGCAUAAACUUGUUUGUAAAUGAAUGAGUAAUCUGACCCAUUAUUUUUUCAAGUACUUUGUUAUUCAGAGCUUGCAUGCAGUUCUACCUCAAAAAAGGCAGAGACUGCUCAUUCCUAUAUAUAUAUAUAUAUAUAUAUAUAUAUAUAUAUAUAUAUAUAUAUAUAUAUAUAUAUAUAUAUAUAUAUAUAUAAAGCCUCACAGUUUUAUGGAGUGACUGUGAUUUAUUGCCCUAGUGGUAACUUGCUUAAUUAGCAUCUGUGAUGCAGUGGGUAGAUUGGUCUUCUCAGAGCGCUAGUGUAGUAAGUUCAAUCCACAGCUUUGUUGACUGUCUAUGUGGGGUUACACAUUGUUGAUGUUAGAUAUACAAAAGCAAAUGAAGCAAACUGCAUUUGAAAACUGUGCUCAUGUAAAUCAGUUCACAUGGAACCAACAAGUGUAAAUGUAUGUUAAUGUAACAUACUUCAUUUGUGUGGAAUUAAUAUAUGCAUUUGAAUCGGGUCAAUUCAAUUCACUUUUUUAAAUGUAGCUUUUGUACCACCUUUGUCACUGUUGUUUUGUACAAUGAAAAAAGUUCACUGAAAUUUACUUGUUUCAGAUGUGUACACUGGUUCCAUGUGAAUUAAUUGAUUUAACACAGUUUUUUGUUGUUGUUGUUUUUGUUCUUUAACAGUCACAAUGAUUUGUUAAUGAAGGCUAUAUUCAAAGCCUUGAGGGGGGGGAAUGCUUUUUUAACUCCACACAGUUACCAGAGCUUAGGAUAGAUCCCAGGGCUCUGGAUCUGAAAGACUGAGUGACAUUACCAUUACUAGACUACCAUACCACACUGUUUAAUUACAUUUGUUUAAUACUAGUGGGAGUUGAUAAAGUUUCACGCUCAUUCCAUAUAAGUCAAGUUUAAAGAUUAGAUUAAACCUAGCAUAAGCAGCAACUGUGUGACAAGUAACUGAACCUCACUAAGUCAAGAAAGGUAAAGAAAAAAAAUGGUUCAGAAACUUAAUACAUAAUAAUAAUAAAAAGUUUCAGUGCCACCAAACGGAGAGGGCAGACACCCAGAAUGCACUGCCAUGAAUAAUUAAGUGAUUAAAGCCAAUCAGGCACUUCCAGCACCACAAUACGCAAACUGUACAUUAUAUAUUAUACAUUUUCUCUUAACUCUGACAUAUUGCAUUUUUCAGUGCUGCUCUUCCAAACAAACAUCAUUUUUAAUGUAAAUCGUUGAUUAUGCUUAUGUAUAUCGUCCUCUAUUUAUAAACAUCUGCAGCUGUUUAUAAUUAAGUUGCUGAUUCAUCUUAUGAAUUUACCUCCAGACUGUGAAUUGAAUGUUUGGACUUUGAGUGGGCGGAGCCAACAAAGAAUCAUUUACAACUCAAUCUUUAAAUAUCUGAUAAUGAAGGUGCCCAGGAAACACUCGCAAAAUAGGCUCAUACUUACAGUAAUGUAUGUCCUUCUUAAAGUUGUUCAUUAUUCACUAAGAUUCAUCGUUAUUGGGAAACCCACCCAAGUUUCUUAUCUUGUUACCUGGUUAUAUCGCUUACCUUCCCCACACACAAUCAAACCUUUUAAACAUAGCUACAGUAGUUAAGUUCUACAGUACAUAAAAUAAUAAAGUUAGGUUGUUUGAGUUAUGCUAAAAACAGCAGUUUAAAUGUUUUAUCAUUUUGUUAUUAUAUAAUAUUAUACAAUAUUAGUCUAUUAUAAUGUGAAGAGUGCAAGUGCUGUGGCUCUCUGAGCUGAUGUUGAAUACUGGCCUUAGGUGGGUAUCCUUCAAUGCGAUUGAUUGCUAUCUUCCAUAAGUGUAUGCAGACUUGGACAGAGUUAGUCCCUGUUCAUGUUCCAGUGGUCCACAGUUUCCUAACCCUCCACACGGAUGUCUGUCCAAGAGCACACGUCUUCUUUGGCCAUUCAAUGAAGAAAUGUUCAAAAUGAAACAAACUCUGUUUGCUUGUUUUUUGUUUUUUGUUUUUUUUUAUGCACAUGUGUGAAUUUCAUUUCUAAUGAUGUCAUGUGUGAAUUAUAAAUAUGAGUGAUGGCAUAUUUCGUUGUGUUGAUAUAAGCAUGAGUGCCCAUGUUAACAGUACUGCCCAACCUUUGUUUAUAAAUCAAUGUGACAAUGUGAUGACUUGCAGAGUUGAGGUGAUUGUACAGCACUUGUAUGGUGCUGGACUUCAUUGGAUAACAAUUACCAUGAACUCCUUUUCAUCACUGCAAACCACAGCUCAAACCGGACUUCAAAACCCUGUAAAACAACCAGGGUUUAUACUGUAGGCCUUGUCAAUGGACCAAUACACACUUUGGAAUUGUAUGUUUGUCCUAAACCAGUAUUAUGCUCUUUUGUAAUAUCUCUGGAAUUCCAUAGUUGUUUAGAUAUAGUGGUCUAUCCUGAAACCUGUCCUUCUUCUGCUAUUUGAAUGCAAUUUGUGAUUGUUAAUUGCUAAUUAGCCAAAGGAAAACAAUGAACAGAGCAGUCAAGCAGUUGGCUUAAUGUGUACAUAGACUCCCAUAGCAAUAGGCAUAAUGCUAUCAAUUGUUUUAGCACGCAAACCAUGACUAUUAAUGUUCUGUUCUUUAAUUUAAUUCCUCCUAUUUUUAACAUUCCACCGUUCUGGGUCUUGUGCGCUGCGUAGUACAAUUCUUAUAAACUGAAGAACUUGUUGUGAUGUAAGUUUGGAAUAUGAAUAAAGUUUUGGAAACUAAA